GGAAUGCACGAUGCUUAGAUGUGUUGAUUGUUAUUAACUUUGAUAUCUUAAUGUUUCAAAAUUGUUAACGAUAAUAUUCAUAAUCAUUUAAGUAUCCCAUUUUGGGCUCUACGUGAUAUGUAAUUUUAAGCAAUCGAUUUUAUAGUUGGAGUAUGCGUAUUGAAUAUCUCGUGCAAAUCAACAAUACAUCGUGUUUACUCUUUGAUCCCAAUCAACAUGCCUUCAGUACGAAGAAUAAUACUGAGACAUGUAAUGUCUGGAAUAUGUUCAAAAAUGAACCGGACAAAACGCUUAGAUGGAGAUAUGAUGGAAACACCACUUAAAAGGUGUUUAUCAACUUUUGACAUGACCCUUCUUGGUGUUGGACAUAUGGUUGGAGCAGGCAUUUAUGUCCUCACUGGAAGUGUAGCUCAUUCGAUAGCUGGUCCCGGUGUAAUUAUAAGUUUUAUGUUGGCUGGAUUAGCUUCUCUUCUAGCAGCCGUUUGUUACGCUGAAUUAGGAUCUCGAGUCCCUAAAGCUGGAAGCGCCUAUGUUUAUACCUACGUUACAAUGGGUGAAUUUUGGGCUUUUAUAAUUGGAUGGAAUAUCAUGUUAGAACAUGUGAUGGGUGCUGCUUCUGUUGCACGAGCUUGGAGUGGAUAUGUAGAUUCAUUAACUGGUGGACCAUUUAAAAAUAUGACUCAAUCAUUGAUGUAUUUAAUUACUGGAAAUGACAUGAAUGAAUCAACAUUAAAUUUCUCACCUGAUCCUGUAGCGGGUGUUAUUUGUAUUCUUUAUGCUUUAUUGCUGGGAUGUGGAGUUAAAGUAUCAGUGAGAUUGAAUUCUAUUUUCACUCUAGUAAAUCUUGGCGUUAUUAUCUUAGUAAUUGGAGUAGGUUCACAAUUUGUUGACUUGAAAAAUUGGUUUGAUGAAAGUCAUGGUGGAUUUCUGCCAUUUGGAUUUCAAGGAGUUCUAACUGGUGCUGCAAGUUGUUUUUAUGCGUUUGUUGGUUUUGACUCAAUUGCUAGCUGUGGAGAAGAAGCUAAAAACCCGAGCCGAAGUAUUCCUUUGGCUACAAUAUUUUCAAUGGCAAUUGUAACCGUUGGUUAUGUUUUAAUAAGUGGAGUGGUUACAUUAAUCGUUCCAUAUUGGCAAAUAGAUCCUCGAGCUGCGCUUCCAGAAAUCUUUGAUUCUGUUAAUAUUACUUGGGCUAAAUACGUAAUAACUAUAGGUGCCCUUUGUGGAAUGACAACAACGUUAUUUGGAUCUAUUUUUGCAAUACCAAGAAUUAUGUAUGCUAUGGCCUGUGACGGACUUCUUUCUCCCCAUUUUGCCAAAGUUAAUCAACAGAUACAAUUACCUAUGUUUAAUAUUGUCAUAAGUGCUAUUCUUUGCGCUUCAACAGCUUUCUUUUUUGAUCUUCAACAUCUUGUUGAAUUUAUGUCUAUUGGGACUUUUUCAGCUUAUUUAAUUGUUUCAGCAAGCGUUAUUAUUUUGCGAUAUAGACCAGAUAAUCAAUUAUCUCCAACACUUCCUACAAAUACCAAAAAAAAUCACUCGCUUGAAUCUCCAAUGAGUGAUAGUAGCAGUCCUACAAGUAUUGCUGAUUCUUCAUCACCUGAUGAUUCUGAGUCACUUAUAAACGAUCAAAUAAACAAAGCUGGACAUCUAAAAGCGCGUUAUUCAAAACUUGCACGGUAUUUUGGCAACUGGGAACCUGGAAUGGCAGUUACUAUAGCGGUUAUUAUUUUUACUGGAGCAUGCAUUGCUCAAAGUAUUAUCAAUUUUUAUCUCUUUAUUGAACCAAUUUCAUGGGCAAAUAUACUUCUUAAUGUCCACUUUAUUUUGAUUAUGGUAAUAUGUUUGCUUGUAAUCAGUGCUCAUGAACAAAAUCCACCUGUUGAUGAUAAAUGCCGAGUUCCAAUGGUACCCUUAAUACCGGCAUUAAGCAUUUAUUUCAAUAUAAUACUUAUGGGCCAUUUGCAAAUAGUAACAUGGUAUCGAUUCUAUAGUGGGAUGUUCAUUGGUAUAUGCAUUUAUUUCCUUUAUGGUAUUCAUCACAGUAAAGAAGCUUCAGGUGCAAAUUCAUAUUCUGUUCUUAUGACAAAAAUGGAAUUAGAGCAAGUUCAGUCUCGUAUGAAACUUAAUUUAAAAACAAAGCAAAUUCCAUCGUAUUCUAAAAAAGAUUCAGAUCAACUACCUAUUCUUACUAAUUAAUCAUAUAACUGUUAAAAUUUAAAUAAGUCUAUUCAUAUAUUUAAAAAAAAUCGCUUAAGAAAUAAUCAAAAUAUUUAAAGAAUCGUUAAAUAUAAAAAUAAUAUACUUAA